ACAAGUCCUCAAGACAAAAAAGGGUGGUCCGUCCAUGUUCAAUGCCCCAAAAAUAUGGAACUUCAAAAGUAACUAGAGAGCAUUAUUAUCGUCUGACAAAGAAGUGCAUAAAAUGGGGUUGAUCAUGAAGAGACUAGUUGGGAUUUCCGAAGCAAAGAAGAAGCUAGCAAGGACACUCUCUCCCAAGAAAGGAAGCAUUAGGGCGACGAAAGACGACAAAGUCGCCGUCCCUAAGGGCCACUUUACGGUAUACGUCGGGGAGGCGAGGCGGCGGUUCGUGGUUCCGAUAGAGUACUUGGAGCAUGCACUGUUCCGGGAUCUGUUGGACUGGGCGGAGCAGGAGUUUGGGUACGAGCACCCCACCGGGGGACUCACUAUCCCAUGCACUGAGGACUACUUCUUGAGCCUCGCUUCCCUCCUCAUCGAUUCCAAAUAAAGAUCCAUACGUGGUUUCGAUAAGAAGAUAGAUAGACGUACAGAUAGGGAUAGGUGUGUAUAGUGAUAGCUAGACGCCGGCCUUGUAUUAGCAAUUGCUAGUAAACGUGUACGUUAGCGUUAACUACGUAUUGUUACUAAUGAAUUCAAACAAAAGUUAUCAUGCAUCUAGUUUGACUCAAUAUAUAUAUACAAAUACUUGUCCUAAAUAGCACUAAAACUUAAGUCAUUUC